CACCUAGUGUUGGAAGACGAGUUAUUUCCCUUCGUAACAAACAAAAAUGGAAAUAAGUAAACAUACAGUUGAAAGCUUCGUUUCGAAGACGCUUCAUCUUCUUGAAAAAGAGAGAGCUGCAGAAAUAGAAGAGACAAGGUCCUUGACUGAAAAGUUACCAUCAAAGGAGCUUCAGCGUAGGGGUGUAUGUUUAUUGAAGCUGCAUAUAGGAAGUAGAAAGACAGGCUUGUUUGGCAGGGUAAUCCUCAGCUUUGAGACGCAUCUUGAAACCUUACCUUCACAUAGUUUCUCACCAGGAGAUAUUGUUGGAUUGAACAUCUCACAGGGAGACAGCCAGUCAGACAGUCUUGGAUCAGGUCUUGUGACAAGAGUUAGUCAAUCGGCUGUCAAUGUAGCAUUUGAUGAGUCACAUGACCUUUUCUCACUGGAUGAUGGACCAACUGAUUAUUACAAACUAACAAAAUUAGCCAAUGAUGUCACUUACAAACGAUUGAAGAGAACUCUAGAAAAUCUGAACAAGAUCAGACAUGGAGAAUGUGCAAACUUGGUGUCUGUGUUAUUUGAGGAACAGCCCCUCUCACCACCUAACAAUUUACAAGAUCUGAAAUUUAUAAAUGAGAAUCUAGAUGAAUCACAGCAACAGGCUGUCCAGUUUGCACUGGCUCAAAAGGAGUUGGCAGUAGUGCAUGGUCCACCAGGAACGGGGAAAACAACAACAGUCAUUGAGAUUAUACUGCAGGCUGUCAAACAAGGCAAUAAGAUAUUAGCUUGUGCACCUUCCAACAUUGCAGUAGAUAAUCUUGUUGAGAGACUUGCCAAGUGUAAGCAUAGAAUUGUUCGUCUCGGUCACCCAGCUAGGUUACUACCACAUAUACAGAAAUAUUCUCUAGAUGCCAUACUAUCUACAAGUGAUGAGACGAAAUUAGUGGAAGAUGUUAGAAAAGAUUUGGAUAAAACUCUAUCAGGUUUGAAGAAAACCAAAAAUAAAGGAGAAAGACAAAAGUUGAGGGAAGAAAUGAAAUUUCUCCGAAAAGAGUUGCGUCAGCGGGCAGAUGCUGCUACCAGGGACAUUCUCAAACGUGCUGAUGUUGUAUUGGUCACACUUACCAGCGCCACAGAUGAUGGGCCAAUGAAACUUCUGGAAGAAAGUCAUUUUGAUGUGACAAUUAUUGACGAAGUUUCACAAGCUAUGGAAGCCGCUUGCUGGAUCCCGUUGCUGAGGACAAAGAAAUGUAUUCUAGCCGGGGACCAUCUGCAGUUACCACCAACCAUACUGUCAAAUGAAGCCGCUAAAGAAGGACUUGCAGUGACCUUGAUGGAACGUGUCCUUGACCUUUAUGGUGAGAAGGUCAUGAAGAUGUUGACCACACAGUAUAGGAUGAAUGAAAAAAUCAUGCAGUGGUCUUCACACCAGCUGUACGAGUCUAAACUGGUGGCCCACGAGUCUGUGAAACACCAUUUACUCAAAGAUAUGCCAGGUAUUACACAAGAUGAGACGAGUAUAUUACCUCUACUGUAUAUAGACACUGCAGGCUGUGAUCUCAGGGAACUAGACUUACCAGAGGAAAUAUCCAAAGGAAAUGAAGGAGAGGCAGAUCUUGUCAGUGCUAAUGUGGAGAAGUUGUUGUCAUGUGGAGUAAAUCAGGAAGAUAUUGCAGUUAUUGCUCCUUACAAUCUGCAGGUAGAACUUGUUAGGUUACGUCUAGCUAGUAAAUAUCCAAAGAUUGAGGUAAAGUCUGUUGAUGGAUUCCAAGGUAGAGAAAAGGAAGCUGUGAUUAUCUCCCUUGUCAGGAGUAAUAAAAGAGGUGAGGUUGGUUUCCUGUCGGAGAGGAGAAGAAUCAAUGUUGCUGUUACGAGAGCCAGGCGCCAUUUGACUGUGAUAGGGGACAGUGAGACUGUUUGCAAAGAUGACUUUCUCAAGUCGCUGAUAGACUAUCUCAACCUGGAGGCAGAUGUACAGACAGCACAGCAAUAUCUAGAUGAUGGAGUUUUACAGCAGUGUGAUAUCAAUAGACCUGAACAUCUAGAUGAUUUAAUGGUCCUUUCAAAAAAGCAGGGAUCAGACAAAGGGGCCAGGCCGAAGUCGUAUAAACAAAACAUGACAGCAAAACACGGUGAAAGAAGACAAAAGGAAUCCCAACAGCAAGAGAGGAACACUCAAGGAAGCAAGCGAGACCCAGUCAGCGAGGAUGACAGCAGACUGAUAGAGUUACAGGGUCAGAUUGAACAGUUCCUAUCGAACAACGAAGCUGACAUUUUAGAAUUUCCAAGUACGUUGUCAGGAAGGGACAGAUUUCUAGUUCAUGAGGUAGCAGAAAAACAAGGUCUUGCCCAUACAAGUAAAGGAACUGGAGAUGAUAGAUUUAUUGUGGUUACUAAACCAGGUAUCAGAAGUUCAAGUGGAACAACUGUUGAAUCUGGUGAGAAAGGUAGUGUUGAUAAAACAGCAGGAAAAGAGAAUGAGGACAAAGGAGAGAAAGGUAGUGUGGAUCAAACAAUGGAAAAAGACAGUGAGGAUAAAGGAGAGAUAUCUUACCAAAGCAGAAGCAAAAAGAACAAAAAGAAAAAGAAGAACAAUGAAAAUAUAGAAAUUGAUGAAAAUGUUGAAAAUGAUGAAGGCGCAGUUGAUCCACUAGCUAUGGAUGUACCCGGAAAUAGAACUGAUGGAAUGAAAGAAUUCAUUGCACCUCCAUUGACUGAUGGAAAAGUUGUUUGUAAUAUAUGUAAAAAAGAUGUUCUUAAAGCAAAUCUUCAACUGCAUGAGAUUCAUUGUGCUAGAAAAGAAAGAGAUUGCAAACUGAGUAAAGAAGAGAAGGUUGAUGUAAGUAAUAAACAGAAGAAAGAGGUUUCUAAGUCAUCUAAACAUAGAAAAUUUGAUAAAGAAUUAGCAGAAAGAGUUGAAAAGGUUGAUAAAGAUGAUAUAGAUGCUUUGAUUGAAACAGUUCAAAAUAUGGAUAAUUUUUGUUGUUUUAAGAAGUGUAAAACAAGUGUACAGACUCUGUUCCAAUUAUGUGCUCACUGUCAAGGGAGGUAUUGUUUGACACAUCACAUACCUGAGGUUCAUGGCUGCGGGGAAGCUGCACGGGCACAGGCCCGAGCAAGGAUAAGUAAAGAUGGGGUUCUGUACAGAGGAAGCGGAGUGCCUGAGAAAAGACCAGAUUCAACUAAAAAAGCUCAUUUACAUAGAAAACUAGACUCUAAACUGACAGAACUUGCUGCUAAAAGAAAAGGAAAGCCAAAAAAAUAAUAUUGCCUGGAAAUACUGAAUGAGAUGGUAUUCCUUAUUUAUUUUGCUAGGAAGAGCAAGCUCUAGUUGUCACGUUGAUUGCAUAAGAAAUUUAAAUUAGAGUGAAAAUUAUCAUCUUUUGUGCAGAGUUUGGUGUAAAAGCAUAUUCAUUUUCUAGAAAUACUAUAAAAUGAGAAGUUGAAAUGCUUAAUAUAAGAAACACAUUUUUAUUAUCAUUUCGAAAAAAAAAUGGACCAAUGUUUGUGUUCAAAAUAUUAGAUAUAUAGCAAAAAUCCUUGGGCAAGGACUACUUUUACCCAGAAUAAUGUUGCAAAUUAUGAGAGGAUUUGAUUUUUAUUGCAAAAUCUGAUUGAUUUAAACAUUGAAGUGAAACAAGUUUUAAACUUGCUAUCAUUUUGCUUGGUUGUUUUCUGUGCAUCCAGAAGAUCGUCUUAGAUUUUAUUAACUAUAAAAACAUCAGUUUUUGAGUCACCCUAUACUGAAACUCGGUGCUGUUAUGUUUUUUGGUCCUACUUGAUCAUGAAGUCCAUGCAAUAUAGCUGUAAAAUAGAAUUCCAUUUAAAAAAAUCAAUGUGUGAUCAUUCAGUAGAGUAUUUGUUUCAGAACUAAAUAAACUUAUACAAAGUG